AUGUCUGAAGCUGCUAAAGCUACCGUCAACACGCGCAUGCCCAAGGGCGCAAAGCGUCCCAAGACUUGGCGUGCCUGCCUCGCCUGUCGCAAGCUCAAAGCACGAUGUGAACCAGCUGCAGGCGCAAAGACUGUUCCAACCGACGAUCCACAGUCAUCCAACCAUCCACAGUCAUCCAAACCGUCCUUCGUCAUCUGUCAUCGUUGCAAAACCCUCUGCAUCGACUGUCUCUACGAGUCGCCCACAGGUCAAGUCGUCAAAGGAGAACAUGUUCAGCCCACCAACUCAACCCCUUCACCCUUUGCAGAGCACAACAAGCCACCACGCUCACAGAAGCGUUCGCGACCCGAUCAUCUCAACGCCGCUGCUUCCGACCCAUUCAGCAACGAUCGAGCCAUCUUUCUCUCUCCAGCUAUCUCGCCCAGUGCAUUGACCCGCUCCAUAUACCGCGACAUCGAGAUCUGCUCACUCAACCUCGCUCCGCCAAGCUGCCUCGAGCGACCUGUCCUGCCCGCAAAUGCCUUCUCCAGACUCAUUGGUGCCAACCCUGCUCUCAAACGUGAAGCACAAGACUGCAUCCUCAAUCUUUCCGGCGCUUUUGGCUCAAGCUCUUCACAGAACUGGAAGCAAGCAUCACAACGUCUUUGUGCUGGCAAGGCAGCAGCACGCAUCAUGUCAGGACAGUCUCUGUUGACGCCAUACCCAAAAGAGGAACUUGACUUCCUCUGCCGAUUCCUCGUACCGCACGAACAUCAUCUGCGCAUCCUCUUCCAGGGACUCUACGGUGCAUUCUCGCCGUUCCUGUCAACUCCCUUUGAAGACUCGCUCGGUCUCGCAACAUGUCAGACCGAGGCGCAGACUUUCUUGCUGCUCACCAUCUACCUCACUGCUCUCCCACAUCGCGAGGCGACUAAUCCCAUUGAUCCAGCAUGCAAGCCACUACGCAAGGCCGUCGACGCAUUGCUUCGUCGUGCAAUGCAUACUCCACUGAAUGACCACCUCAACAUUUUUGCAUUGCAUAACUGCGCAUCCUUCUUGCUUUUACCAGUUGACGGCCUCGCCGAGGACCAUCGUCCCCUCUCUACAUCAGAACAGGAGAACGACGGCCUGCUAGAGUUCGCGCUCGACCUCAAUCCAAGAGCAGCCUCUAUCACUGCUCUUGGUGUGGCUCAGAGGCUGGGCUAUGCAAGCCUUGCAGCUAAGUUGCCUACGCUCCGUCAGACUUUCGAUGUCGACUCGCCCGCCACUGGUAUUCCCUCGGAUACUUCGCGCGACGAGUAUGCUCAUGCAGUUCUCUGCACCUUCACCUGGCUCACCCUCUUGCAAUUUCGAGCAUCCAUCGACGUUGCAGAGGACCGCAUCGAGUGGGACGCUCUAGUCCAGUUCGAGCACGACAUUCCUCGUGUCCGAAUCCAAGCUUUGACCGCUGCGCUCUUACCACCACCUGCUUUCUUGUCGCCCCGCGAACAAAGUCGAUGCUGCUGGACGGCUCAACGUGCCGAACUGUACGCCAUCGCUCGCGAUCACCGCCACACAAAGCGCGCAGCAGCAACUUUGACCAAGAAGGAAGCUGAGGAACAAGCGCUUGGAUAUAAGAAGGCUCUCGAUGAAUGGAGGUACAAGUUCAACGAACAGAUGCGAAGCAUGAGUACCGAGUUCCGCAAAGAUCCUCGUGGCUUAGGCUUACAUCGAUACUAUUCGAUCUUUUCUAAUGCCGAAGCUGCUUCGCUGCAAGUCGCUAUUGGCUCGGUCUACCACAAGGAGUUUGUUGCUGACAUGAGGCAGCGUCUUACGGAGCCAUUCUAUCGAGACAACUUGCCUUGGAAGUCAGCAGCGACCAUCAUGAUCGGACACGAGGAGGAUCAAUUGACAAAAGCGAUCCUGAUCAACUUUGCUUUCACCGACGCAAUGCUCAAAGCGAUGGGGUUGAUAUCCAGCUUAACCCCUGUCAUGCCGCAGCUCUACGAUUUCGUCUCGUUCGAAGAGACGGCGGGUAGCGAGAUUCCCUCACUUUGCAUUGUGGCUCCUCCCAUUGUUCAGGCUGGGUUGUUCGCCGUGCCCUUGCUAGCAGCGGCUGAUUUGCGAUUGUCGGUGGUCGAAACAUGGGGUGCUAGUGCAUCUUACUUCAACCACCAUCUCUUACCGCUUCUCACCAACUGUGUCAAAUCUCUGCGAGCUUGCCACGUCAACGUGGAUCUGCCAGGGGUACUCAAGAUGCCUUUCACCACCGCCAACCCCAUCGCGGAUUACCUGCAGGGACCAUUCGAAAUCCUCAUGCGCAAAGUCGCUUCCGCUGAAGAACGGCUUCAGAUCUCCCACGUAGAGUCCAUCCUCAACAACGCCUUUCUCCUGUCUAGCAAGAAGAAGCAGAUCGAGACGCUUGCUGAAGAAUUGGCGCCAGACACACCAGAGAUGGUACAGAGCAUAGCCGAUAGCCAGAAGGUGGAAGAUGAGAUCGCGGCGAGCAUGAUGGGUUCCCUCCAUGUACAGGCUAUUCAGGAGAUAGAAGAUACCGAGUACGCCGUCAAAGUGUUCGGCUCGGAUAUGAGGGAAGGUGAUGUAAGGCCAAUCAGGAAAUCGGGGAAGAACGCUAGUAGCUCAGUCACCACACCUGACGCAGGGUCGACGGGUGAAGGUGCGCAUCGAAAAGCGAGUAGUAAUGCAAGGAGUGUGAGUUUGGAUAGUGAGCAGACAACAGCUAGUCCAAGUGUGCUGACGAAUAGCUCGGGGAAGCAAAGGUCGCCGAUGCAUACGAGUGUCAGAAGUGUGGCGGAUAACUCGCAGUUCAGCAGCCCGGGUAGCUCGACGCAGAGCGGUCCUGGGUUGUAUCCCGAGCCCAGCGUGUACGGGAAGGAUAACAAGCAGAUGCAGCAGCAGCAGCAGCAGCAAGGAUUUGAGGUGCAUGGCCCGCGGCAGAUGUACCCAGCCCGAACGGGAGGGACACAGUUCGGAACACAAGCGUCGCAUCUGCAGCACGUGCCGAGUCCUUAUCAAGUGGUGCAUCAGGAUCCGGCUUACUCUGAACCAUACCAAGACAGAAACGCUGGUGGACCAACGCAUGGCUACACACAGGGUCAGCAGCAUCGCGAUGGCAAAGCCACCGAUCCGAGCGCACUAGCGCCAGGACAGGAUUCAGCGUCGUAUGCACCUUAUCCAGCACCGCCUACCGACCAGACCUACGCGAACAACACCAACGAUGCCUAUCGUUCUGAUACAUACACCUAUCGCCCAUCCCACCCCAACCCAGACGUGCCAUCGCACCUACAAAUGCAACCAGCGCCAGGCUACGAUGGGAUGCAAAGGCACUUCGGCGACGUCGAAUCCAAAGGCGCAGUGUACGAUGAUGGCUACCCAGAUCAGCAGCAGUGGGCCCAGUGCAACCCUCAGCUAAAGUCACAGUAUGGUCCUGGUCCGCCGUAUCAGCCAAACCAAAGCCAUGCGAAGUUUGGCUCAUUCUCAGAUCCAUCUGCGCAUGCUCCGCCGCAGCACACAGAUAUGAGCAGUGGACCGUACUACCCAGCGCAGCAACAGGGUUACUCUGACCCACAGUACCAGUCAGUGGGCUAUGCAGAGGGUCAGCAGCAUCCAGCGCAGCAAGGCUUCGAUACAAACGCUCAUCACAUCGACGGACAGCGGCAGUAUGGCCAGCAGCAGCAACAACAAGACCAAAUCUGGGACGCUUCAUGGAAUUGGAUCCCUGGUCAACCGCAUCCUCCCGCGCAACAGUAUCGCACCUAA